AUGGAAGUUGUUUUGCCUCUAGAAAUUCAAAUUCCAUCAUUAAGGAAGGCCAUACAAGCUCAUAGUCCAUCAUUAAGGAAGGCCAUUCAAAUCAAAUUAGUGUGGUUGACCACCGCACCUAUGAUCUACAGUGAUGCAUCAUUACAAGAUUUGGGAUGUGUAUUGAUGCAACAUGAUCAGGUGAUUGCUUAUGCCUUGAGGCAACUCAAGAAGCAUGAGCAGAAUUACCCUACCUAUGACUUGGAGCUUGCCGCAGUGGUGUUUGCCCUUAAAAUUCGGUGA